AUGCCAUUUCCAGAGGCAGGAAGGUAUCCCAGGCUGGAGCUGCUGGUGUCAGGGGGCCACAGAGCCAGGCUGCCAGGAGAGGAGCUGCUCUGCCAGGACCUGGUGGCUGUAGGAUGUGAGCUGAAUGGAGUCUAUUACCGUAACGGGCAGAGCUUCCAGCCUCACCCCCUGUACCAGUGCCUGUGUGUCGGGGGGGCCAUCGGAUGCACCCCCGCCUUCGCGCCCCGCGCCGGGGCCCUGGGCAGACACAAGCCUGGAUGCUCCACCUGUGCACCUAGACAGCAGCAGCAGCAGCUUCAACCAGCCAGCUACAGACUGCUCUCAGCUUACAGAAGCCCACCAGUGGUGCUGAAGAACAAGUGCCUGGUGCAGGUGACCCGCUGGAGCCCCUGCUCCAGGACCUGUGGCCUUGGCAUCUCCAGCAGGGUGACCAACGACAACAGGAGGUGUGAGAUGAAAAGGGAAAAGAGGUUGUGCUUCAUCCAGCCCUGCCUGACCAAUACCCUGAAGGUGAUCAAGAUUCCCAGAGGGAAAACAUGCCAGCCCACUUUCCAGCUGCCUGCAGCAGAAAAGCUGUUUUUUUCUGGGUGCUCCAGCACACGAAGCUACAGACUGACCUUCUGUGGGGUGUGCCUGGACAGGAGGUGCUGCGUGCCCAGCGAGGCCAGCACCGUCACCGUUCAGUUCGAGUGUCCCCAGGAAGGCUCCUUCCAGUGGAGGAUGCUCUGGAUCAGCUCCUGUGUGUGCCAGAGGGCCUGCACAGCUCCAGGGGACACCUUCUCUGAGCUCAGAGCCUUGUGA